AUGUGCAGGGCGUUCCCGACGACCCUACGGGGUCCAGCCCGCGCGUGGUACAACGGACUGAAGGCUGGGACCAUCGCCUCCUUCGACCAACUCGCCAGAGACUUCGAGCUCAAUUUUCUGGCUUACGCUCGACCGAAACCAUCCGUAGCACUACUCCUCGGGCUCAACCAGAGGGAGGACGAGCCCCUCUCCCAUUUUGUGAACCGCUUUACGACUCAAAUUCACGGACUAUCGGACGCUCACCCCUCUCUACUGAUGCAGGCGUUCAUGACAGGCCUGCGGCCUUCCCGGUUCUUCUGGUCUCUCGUGGAGCGGCCCCCCGCCGCGAUCCCCGAAAUGAUUCAGCGUGCUGGCCAAUUCAUCGCCGCGGAGACAUGGAUGGCCGGGAAGCGGGAAGAACACAAAAAAGUCAAGACGGAGCCGCCUCGACAGCAGCAGCCCCCCGCCUCCCGUCGCAGGUUGGAUAGAUCCGACCCCAGGUCUCCUCUCCCCGUCUUGAGCUCCUCGCAGACAGAAAUACUUCUCCAUGAGAAGGGGAAGGGAUUACUCAAGGAACCCCACCCGAUGAGGAGCCCGCGAGAGCUCGCGGACCGCUCGAAAUACUGCCGUUUCCAUCGGCAGCAUGGGCACGACACCGAGCAGUGCCGAGAGUUAAAAAGGCAGAUCGAGGAGCUCAUCCGCCGAGGGCAUCUCAGCCACUACCUUCCACCAGUCAAGGAGCCGUCACCUCACCCAGAAGGUCCCGUCGAACGACACAUCAACGUGAUAGCCGGGGGCCCCGCAGCAGGGGGAGGCUCCGCGUCGGGCAGAAAGGCGUAUGCCCGAGCCGCUCCCGACGAAGUCUCGGUACACCAGCCCGAGCCCGAGAUUACCUUCCCGACCGGAGCUGCCGAGCGACCUGACCACGACGACGCCCUGGUAAUAUCGGCCAGGAUAGCAAACGCGCAGGUGAGAAGGGUCAUGGUCGACACGGGAAGCUCGGCUGAUAUACUUUACUUUGACGCUUUCCAGAAGCUCGGCUUAGCCAAGGAAAGCUUACGCCCAGUCGGCUCAGCGCUCACCGGGUUCACGGGAGACUCAAUAUCGCCUUUGGGGGCCAUCACUUUGCCUUUAACCCUGGGCAUCCCGCCAAGGUCAAAAACGGUGAUGACCACCUUUUUGGUGGUCGACCUUCCUAUGGCCUACAAUGCCAUACUGGGACGGCCGACCCUCAAUAAAAUCAGAGCCGUUGUCUCGACCUACUAUCAAGUCAUUAAGUUCCCGACUCACGCGGGGGUCGGAGAAGUCAGCGGAAGCCCUCGGGAGUCCAGGCGGUGCUACCUAACCGCCGUUUCACUACACAAGAGAGCCAGGGUCGAGCCACCGCUGGAGGACCCACGGGAGACAAAAAGACCGGCCCCUCAUCCCGAGCCAAAGGGGCCCACCAUUGACGUACCAUUACAAGAAGCCCGACCCGACCAAAUGGUCAAGGUGGGUUCGGAGCUACCUGAACCGGAACGAGAACGGCUCGUGGGACUCCUACGGGAAAACGCCGACAUCUUCGCCUGGUCCCCGUCUGAUAUGACGGGCGUCGACCCAAGGGUGGCACAGCACCACCUCCACAUCCCACCUGACGCUCGCCCGGUGAAGUAA